AUGGUCACUACCCCGAUCGCCCCAUACAACAAGGACCACGAGGAUCCAAAUGGACCCGGCGACGCUCGACCCACGGCAUUGAAAGUCAUUCGAGACCAAGAGCUCGAUGGUAAACUCCAGGGAAAAGCGUUCUUAGUGACGGGAUGCACGAGUGGAAUUGGGUACGAGACUGCGAGGGCCCUGCAUGUUACUGGUGCAGAUGUUUUCAUCACUGGCCGCGACACGGAAAAAGGGCGUGAAGUUGUGGAGAGAAUAAUGCAUGACGGAAAGCCGGGCAAGGUCGUGUUCGUUGAAAUGCACUUGGACUCGCUGACCAGCGUUCGGGAUGCAGCGUCAAAGUUCCUGCAAAUGAGUGACAGGCUGAAUUGCCUUGUCUGCAACGCCGACGGGUUCGAAAUGCACUUCGGGGCCAACCAUCUGGGUCAUUUUGCUCUCUUCGAGGCUCUCAGAGACACCAUUCUCAACUCAGCAACACCAGAGUAUCCUUCAAGGCUCGUCAUGGUCUCUUCCCGCUCUCAUCUCGCCAGUACCGUAGACCUCAACGACUUGAAUCUUGAGAAGACGACCUACGACGCACACAAUGCAUAUGGCGCCUCGAAAACAGCCAAUAUUUGGAUGGCCAACGAAGUUGAACGACGUUACGGCUCUCAGCACCUACACGCUACCUCUGUUCACCCUGGAGCAGUCGCCUCUGGCCUAAGCCGCCACGUCGGCGAUGAGUUCAUGAGAAAGCUGUUUGGACCUCCUCAAGUCGCGAAGCUGGUGAAGACUGCCGAGCAAGGAGCGGCCACGACGAUAUGGGCUGCUGUUGGCAGGGAAUGGCAACAUCGGGGUGGGAUUUAUCUAGCCGAUGUUCAAGAAGGCGUGCCAGCAGAGACAUGCACAGAAGGCAGGACGGGACCUGGCUAUGCGCCACAAGCUUUCGACAAGGGAAAAGAGAGACGACUGUGGGAGUUGAGUACCGAGUUACUUAGAUCUAAAUAA